AAGAAGCGGAGGAACUUUUUUUUUGGCUCCACAUUACCUAAAGCAGCAGCACGUUUUUUUGUUUCCACCUCGUUAAGCUUACACAAACAAAAGCCAUGGCUCGCUACAUGCGCCCGCCGAACUCGUCCUUGUUCGUUAGGAACAUAUCUGACGAAUCCAGGCCUGAGGAUUUACGGCGUGAGUUUGGCCGCUAUGGGCCAGUAGUAGAUGUCUACAUCCCGCUUGACUUCUAUACGCGUCAACCAAGAGGAUUUGCAUACAUUCAGUUUGAGGAUGUACGCGAUGCCGAGGACGCCCUUCACAGCUUGGACAGGAAGUUUGUGUGCGGCCGGCAGAUCGAAAUCCAGUUCGCCCAGGGAGACCGAAAAACACCCAAUCAGAUGAAAACGAAGGAGCGCCGCUCUCCAUCACGCUCGUCCCGCUACGACGACUACGACCGCCGCAGACGCUCACGCAGCCGCAGCUACGACCGCCGCCGUUCACGUAGCCCCUCCUACGACCGCCGCCGUAGACGUUCUGAGAGCCCAAGAGAACCUCGCGGACGCCAGCAAGGACGAGGAAGCAGAGGCCGUGACGAAGAGAGACCACGUCAGAGGCCCCGAAGGGAGUCCCGAGGACGGUCCCGCUCCAGAUCCGCAUCGCCACCCAAACCAGCGUCUACUUCCCACUACGCCGAGGAAGACGCGCGGCAAGAACGUUCCCCGUCGCGCUCCCAGUCCCGCUCCGUGUCCAGGUCUCGCUCGCGCUCCUGGACGGGCCGGAAGUCCGGAGGACGCUAAAAAGAAACCAGAGUCCAGGAGGUGCUUUUGUUUGGACUGGAAUGUAUUGAUUGCGAGAACAUUUUUCUAGUUGGUUCUUUAGUCUUGUUUUUCCCCACCUCCGAUCCUGGGAAAAUAUCUCUUGUCCAACGACCCCCCCCCCCCCCCCCAAUCACAAAUGCUUAUAAAUUCACUGCUUCCUUUUUUUUUUUUUUUUGCCAAAAAGCGUCCAGUAUUUUUAAAAAUCCACUCCUCUUUCAGCUGUUUUAUAGGACUUGGUGUCUGAAGCUGUUAACAGUAUGUGGUGUUAUGUUGGCUCAGCAAGUUUUUGUUGUUGGAUUUUUCAGUGCAUGUCUUUGUCACCUCUAGUGAGAAGCUAUUAUUUUCAGAAAUAAAAUAG